UCGAGUCCCAUCUGGGGUGAAUUAUCUUAUGCUAAAACUUUUGAUCAAUUUAUCGGAGAGACAAAGUUAAUCACGCUUUCAUCAAAUUUUUACAGCAUCCUGAAAAAUCCGCGUUUCCACAGGUCCUGAGAAACCGAGCUCCAUCAGCGUCGCCCCUCACUGAAGCAAUCACAGCAGCAUUUAUUCUCUGAAGUACAUGGACGGCGGAGGAUCGCAGGAUCAGCCGACAUGGAGAGAAUGUGCGUGCUGCUGAGCACCCUGGCUGCAUCAGUGCAAACCCACCAGCUCAGAGAGGCCACCGUGAACUGGGAUGCUGCCCAGAAAAGUGUGAUCCUGAAGGAGGGGGUGAUGGAGACAGAUGGGGGAGCGUACGGAUACUUCAAUGAUACUCUGCUCCUCUCUGGAUGGGGCGUGUUGGAAAUCCGCGCAGGUUAUGGAGGAAUCCCACAGGAAGACGAGACCACCUUCUUCCUGGCUGGUUACCUGGAGGGUUACCUCACUGCUGGACAGAUGUUCACUCAUUACUCCAACAUGUACCCUCAGCUGAUUAAGAGUGAGAGCGUUCUGAAUCCACUGAAGACGUUUUUGAGCACGCAGGACCGGUGGGCCAGGGAGCAGGUGAAACUUAAGAGAAACCGUGACCCCCUGUGGAAGCAUCUGGGACUGAUCCUGGCCCAGCUGGACGGACUCCAUGCCGGAGCUGCACAGUGGGCCAAAGGCAGACACAGAGAGCCUCUGUCAGCGUUUGCGGUCCAGUUUCUGAAUGGCGUCGGUGACCUCCUGGACCUGGUCCCGGCUCUGACAGCUCGCGCCAACUCCUCAGCGGGGGGCGGCACUUUCAGGAUGCCAGGAAUGGGCCACUGCACUGCUCUCAUAAAGGUGCUGCCAGGCUUUGAGAACCUGCUGUUCGGCCACUCUAGCUGGUACACUUACGCAGCCACCACGCGCAUCUACAAACACUGGGACUUCAAGGUCAUUGACACACACACUGCCACUGGAAUGAUGUCGUUCAGCAGCUAUCCUGGCUUCCUGAUGUCCCUGGACGACUUCUACCUGCUCGGGAGCGGCCUCCUAAUGACUCAGACAUCCAUCGGCGUGUUCAACGCUUCCCUGUUCUCCCAGCUUGGCCCUCGCAGCCUGCUGGCCUGGCAGAGGGUGCGCCUGGCCAACAGCCUGGCACACAGCGGAGAGGAGUGGGCACAAGUUUUCUCCAAACACAACUCAGGUACAUAUAACAGCCAGUACAUGGUGUUGGACCUGAGCAGGGUCUCUCUGGGUCACAGCAUCCGGAACGGAGCUCUCAUUGUGGUGGAGCAGAUCCCUGGGAAGGUGAUGCACUCCGAUCAGACUCAAGCUCUACGCAGAGGUUAUUGGCCAUCCUACAACAUACCAUUUCACGUUGAAAUCUACAACCUGAGUGGGUACGGCGUGAUGUGGAAGAGAUACGGAGUGGACUUCUCUUACGACCUCUGUCCCCGAGCCAAAAUCCUCCGCAGGGACCAGGCCAAGGUGUCGAACCUCAAGUCCCUCAAACACAUCAUGAGAUACAACAACUACAAGAGAGACCCCUACUCUAAGGGCCAUCCAUGUAAGACCAUCUGUUGCCGUAACGACCUGAGACCAAUGAGGCCACGCCCGGGAGGUUGCUAUGACACUAAGGUGACAGACUACCAGAUGGCUCUGCAGCUGGUCGCGGAGGCAAUAAAUGGCCCCACGACACAGGGGGGUCUGCAGCCGUUCUCGUGGCAGUCCUUCAACCUCACAACUCAUCAGGGUCUCCCGCACACCUACAAUUUCCCCUUCGUCGUCAUGACGCCCGCACUGCACCAGCCCUGAGAGCACAGAGACCGCAGAUGACAUCCUAAAAUGUGUCAACAUGACAUUCAGAGUACAUAUGAGAUAACUGAGCACAAUGUAAAAGACUGACAAUAUAUACAGUACUACAUAUGUCUCACUAAUUUGAUCUUUAAAGGAACAGUGUGAGGGAUGUAUUGGUAGAAUAUAACACUUUUCAGACCUGACCUGCGGGUCAAGGAGGGAAGAGACGUAUUAACUCUGCAGCGUAGAUCACGUGAGUUUGUUUACAGCACCCAGACAUCGUCGUCUGGUCUGAUCACUUCAAACUCUCUUGACAUCUUUGUCUGUGUCUUCUACGUUUAUGACACAACU